CCCAGCGGAGCUGGCCGCUCAGCGGGUGCGGGUGCGGGUGCGGACGCACCGGCCAUCACCGCGCGGCCGAGCAGCCGACACCGUGCUCACCUGAGGCGCCCCGGGAGCGGGGCAGCCGGCAGAACGGAAGGCCAUGUCCCAUGAAAAGAGUUUUUUGGUGUCUGGGGACAACUACCCUCCCCCCAACCCUGGAUAUCCUGGAGGGCCCCAGCCUCCCAUGCCUCCCUAUGCUCAGCCUCCUUACCCUGGGGCCCCUUACCCACAGCCCCCUUUCCAGCCUUCCCCCUAUGGUCAACCAGGGUAUCCCCAAGGCCCCAGCUCCUACCCCCAAGCGGGCUACCCUCAGGGUCCCUACCCCCAAGGGGGCUACCCUCAGGGCCCCUACCCUCAAGGAGGCUACCCCCAAGGGUCUUACCCACAGAGCCCCUUCCCUCCCAACCCCUAUGGACAACCACAGCCCUUCCAGUCACAGGACCCUGACUCGCCACAGCUUGGAAACUAUCAGGAGGAGGGGCCCCCAUCCUACUAUGACAACCAGGACUUCCCUUCUGCCAACUGGGACGACAAGAGCAUCAGGCAGGCCUUCAUCCGCAAGGUGUUCCUGGUGCUGACCCUGCAGCUGUCAGUGACCCUGUCCACAGUGGCUGUGUUCACUUUUGUUGGGGAAGUGAAGGGCUUCGUCCGGGAGAAUGUUUGGACCUACUAUGUCUCCUACGCCAUCUUCUUCAUCUCCUUGAUUGUCCUCAGCUGUUGUGGGGACUUCCGGCGAAAGCAUCCCUGGAACCUUGUGGCACUGUCAGUCUUGACCAUCAGCCUGUCCUACAUGGUGGGCAUGAUAGCCAGCUUCUAUAACACCGAGGCGGUCAUCAUGGCUGUGGGCAUCACCACAGCUGUGUGCUUCACAGUAGUCAUCUUCUCCAUGCAGACCCGCUAUGACUUCACCUCAUGCAUGGGCGUGCUCCUGGUGAGCAUGGUGGUGCUCUUUAUCUUCGCCAUCCUCUGCAUCUUCAUCCGGAACCGCAUCCUGGAGAUCGUGUAUGCCUCGCUGGGCGCUCUGCUCUUCACCUGUUUCCUGGCAGUGGACACACAGCUGCUGCUGGGGAACAAGCAACUGUCCCUGAGCCCAGAGGAGUACGUGUUUGCAGCACUGAACCUAUACACAGACAUCAUCAACAUCUUCCUGUACAUUCUCACCAUCAUUGGCCGCGCCAAGGAGUAGCCUGUUCCCCCAGCUUGCUGUGCCCUGCUCAGGUGGCAUGGCUGGCCUGGACCCUGCCCCUGACAUGACAAGGCCACCUGUACUUCCCUCUCUCUGGUCCCAGACACAGCCUAGGGCAGGGGGAAUCCCCUCUCCAACCCUCCUGUAUGUAUACUGCAGAUACUUCCGUUUGGACCCACUGUGGCCACAGCAUGGCCCCUUUUAGCCCUCCAGCCCCACCCAAGGGGCAGUAGGGCUGCGUUUCUGUGCCACCUCCUGUUGACUCAUUGUUGCAUGAGCCCCGUCUUCCAGCCCACCCCAGGGUCUGGGGGCAACACCAGGUCCCAGGGGAGAGGGAUUGAGCCAAGAGGUGAGGGUGCACGUCUUCCCUCCUGUCCAGCUCCCCAGCCUGGCAUAGAAUAUUCCUUUUCCCUCCCCACCUCCACCUGGAGCAUUGCUCUCAGGGACACACAGGUUGGGGGUCUCUGCUGAGCCCUGAGAGCAGAGAAGAUGGCAUGUUUCAGGAAAGGAGGAAGCCUUCCUCUCGUCCUGCUGUCAUUAAAGUUCCAAUAAAUGGGAUCUUCUGCUCUCUGCUUCUCA